AUGAUGUCUUCUGCUAUGAAGCUCAGAGCUGUCCCUGCGGCUGCGGGAUUGGCGUCGCGCGGUUCUCGUGCAAUUCUUCAACGCCAGGCCACCGCUUUCAAGCCUUCUAUUCAAAACCAGAUUACUCGUUCGUCGUUCAAGCGUGCUUACGCUUCAGAGGCUUCCCCUGCCCCAGCGAAAAAAGCCCCCAAGAACAGGUUUAGAUACGUCAAAUACGCAUGGAGGGGAACCUACACACUUGCAAUUGUGGGAACCGUUUGGUUGGCCUACUCCAUCUACGAGACACGUUUUCCUAAGGAGCAGACCGAGCCUGACCCAACAAAGAAGACACUUGUAAUUCUUGGAUCUGGAUGGGGAAGUGUUGCCCUUCUCAAGAAGUUGGAUACCGAAAACUACAAUGUCAUCGUCAUUUCACCACGUAACUUCUUCUUGUUCACCCCUUUGCUUCCCAGUUGUCCCACCGGAACUGUGGAGCACCGCAGUAUUAUGGAGCCAUUGAGACACAUUCUGCGUCACAAGAAGGCAUCUGUUAAGUUCUACGAGGCCGAGGCAACCAAGAUUGACAAUGACCGCCGGGUUGUUAUCAUCAAUGAUAAUUCAGACGUGAAGGGAGAAAUCCACCAGACUGAGGUUCCCUUCGACUACCUUGUCGUGGGUGUGGGAGCCGAGAACGCGACCUUUGGCAUUCCGGGAGUCAGAGAGAAUGCAUGCUUCCUGAAGGAGAUUAAUGACGCCCACAAGAUCCGAAAGAAGGUUAUGGACUGCAUUGAGACGGCUAUGUUCAAGGACCAGACGCAGGAGGAGAAAGAGCGUCUUCUUCACAUGGUUGUUGUCGGAGGUGGACCAACUGGUGUCGAGUUCGCCGCCGAACUGCAGGAUUUCUUUGAGGACGAUCUCAAGAAAUGGGUUCCGGGAAUUACCGGUGACUUCCAUGUCACCCUUGUUGAAGCUCUGCCAAACGUCUUGCCCAUGUUCAGCAAGACAUUGAUCGAAUACACCGAGCAGACCUUCAAGGAUGAGAAGAUCGACGUCCGAACCAAGACAAUGGUUAAGAAUGUGACGGACAAGUACAUCGAGGCGGAGGUGACCAAGCCCGAUGGUACCAAGGAGAAGCAGAUCAUCCCCUACGGAUGUCUGGUUUGGGCGACGGGUAAUGCUGUAAGGAAUGUUAUCAGGGACCUGAUGGGACAGCUCCCCCAGCAGAAGAACUCCCGCCGUGGUUUGGCUGUUAACGAGUACCUUGUCGUGGACGGGACUGAGGGAGUCUGGGCUCUCGGUGACUGUUCAGCAACUAAGUAUGCUCCCACAGCCCAGGUCGCCUCGCAACAGGGUGCUUUCUUGGCUCGUCUUUUCAACACAAUGGCCCGUACUCAAGCUUUGGAGACUGAGCUGGACCACCUGGAUGAGCUUUCCAAGGAAGCUAAGGGCGAGGACCAGGAAGCAUUGGAGAAGGAAAUCCAGAAGAAGAGCAAGGCUAUCAGUAAGGUCAAGCAGCUGUCACCCUUUGAGUACUCUCACCAGGGAUCUUUGGCCUACAUUGGAAUGGACAAGGCGGUUGCAGACAUCACUUGGUUCAAUGGAAACCUUGCCUCCGGUGGUUCUUUGACAUACCUUUUCUGGAGAUCAGCGUACCUGUCCAUGUGCUUUAGCACAAGAAACCGUGUUUUGGUGCUCAUGGAUUGGCUCAAGGUUAAGGUUUUUGGGCGUGAUGUCUCAAGAGAGUGA